AUGGAGCAGAUUCCGCUCGUUGGCAGCAAUGCUACUACGGCUUGCGAUUUCCCGGGAGCCUGUUGCCUCGCCCUGGCCACAAUCCUAGGGCAGGACAAAGUUUCGUUCCCCGACACACCUGCUUAUGAAGCGUCUCAGGGGUCGUACUUUGCACAACAGAACAGCGCGCUUCAGCCCUCGUGCGUGGUGUUCCCGGACUCAGCAGAUGAAGUGUCCAACAUCAUCACCAGUAUAUUAGCAAUCUCGUCAGGAGUGCCUGAUUACGAGAAAGCCGGCUGCCAGUUUGCCAUCCGAUCCGGCGGACACAAUUCCUUCGGAGGCGCAUCCAAUAUCCACAAUGGCGUCACCAUCGAUCUGCGCGCUCUCAACACCAUCCAGGUGCAGGAAGCCCCAACCGAGAAUGAUGAGGAUGAGAGUGCGCAGAACAAAGAGGCGCAACACACAGUCUUUGUUGGAGCAGGUGCUACCUGGGGAGAGGUCUAUGCCCUGCUCGAUCCGUUGGGUCUCUCGGUAGCAGGAGGUCGCGCUGCACAGGUCGGGGUUGGCGGACUGACGCUCGGAGGCGGCAUCUCCUACUUCUCACCGCGCUACGGGUGGACGUGUGACAACUUGGUCGGUGCAGAGGUGGUCUUAGCCAACGGGACAAUCGUAUAUUUGGAUGAGGGCCAACACUCAGAUUGGCUGGCAGCGCUACGCGGGGGCGGCGCCAACUUUGGGGUUGUCACAGGCUUCAAUCUGCAGACUUUCCCACAGGGUCCUAUAUAUGGAGGGUCCAUCUACCACAGCACUGAGACUAUUGACGCCCAGUUACGUGCCUUCGCCGAGCUGGCUGACCCAAAGGCGAGCAGCUAUGAUGAGUAUGCUUCGUUGAUCACCAGUUUCGGGUUCGCCGGAGGCCAGGGGGCCGCCAUCGUGAACAGUGUCGUACAGCUAAGUGUAGUUGCAACGCACGACGUGACCCUUCCUAUGUUGAAUGCAACCUACCUCCGGUGGAACUCCAAUCUGGAAGCCGUACAAGACAUUCCAGGCAUCGUAUGGUCGAUCUCCCUUGAACCACUACCCCCUGCAAUCUAUGCGCGGGCACCUCCCGACCAUAAUGUUAUGGGGUUAUCAUCAUCCGAACGCCUCGAGCGAUCACUGGUGGUGACCUUACUGAGUGCCACCUGGGAUGACGCAGCUGAUGAUGCCCGGGUUGAGGAAGCCGCCAAAGUGCUGUUUUCAGGCAUUGAAUCGGAUGCACAUGCGUUGGAUGCAUAUCAUCCGUUUGUUUAUCUAAAUUAUGCGGCGCAAUGGCAGGAUCCGAUUGCUAGUUACGGCCCUGAGAGUAUUGAGCGGUUGCGACGCAUCAGCCGUGAGGUAGAUCCAACGGGUGUCUUCCAGAAUAUGGUUCCUGGGGGGUUCAAAAUACAGCAGUAA